AUCUAUGAAAGUUAACUAUCCGGUAGUAGGAGAAAUCAGAAGCGUUUUGAAGUUGGAUCUUAAACGUUCAGAGAUAGUCUUUAGCCCUAUGAUCUCUCUUAAGUAAACCAACAGCAAGUUAAUGUAAUUUCAGAAUGUAUAUAUCCACGUUAGUACUGUAACUAGCUCAUAGUAUACUACAAACUAUUUAAUGAUAAAAUGAAGACUAACAAACUCGGGUCAAUCAAAAUAUAACUAUGUAACGUUAAUGAUUAGAAUUUGAUCAAUGGGGCCUUGUGACUGCCUCUCUCCAACACUCUUUCCACAAUUAUUUUUGCAAAUCAACUGUUUUGUAUAGUUUAAGCCACGUUUGAUUCUCUCAACUCAAUUAUUUCUUCUUAAACACUCGGUUUUAAUUUAACUACUUUUUAAAAACAUAAUUUAGGUACUAAAGAAAAUAAUUUCAAGACCCUUAAAACCACAUCACAAUAAAAAAACCAAACACAUCUUUCAAUCAAAAAAAAAUCCAUUUCUCAAAAAAAAAAAGAGCAUGAGAAAGGGAGGACAAAACAAGAACAAGAUCUUGAGAAUAAUCUCAACACCUUUUAGAGCCUUAAACAAGUUCUACGUGAGAAGCAUCACCGGUUGCGUCUCUCGGACUCAUUAUUCCUCCUCUGCUUCGGUCUUUGAUCCUUUCUCAAGAAGCCGUAGCUCCUCCUCGGCAGCCUUUUCCUCUUCCGCAUCUUCCCGGAGAACCACCGACUUCGGGAUUGAUGAUGAUUACAGCGAGCUAGUGAGAGCUGCGUCGGUUAGGAGUUUAGGGCACAAGAAUGAGAUCGAUAUGUUUAUACAAGAGAAGCAGAAGCAAGGAGGCUUGCCAAAGAGCUCAAGCGUAGGGAUGGCGAGGAUAGAUGAGGAGGAAGAAGCAGAGGAAGGAUCUGUGAACCCAAAGACGAAGAAAGUCUCUGAUCUUCUCUAUCCUCGUAGCAAAACCUACGCUGUUACUGGUAGCCCUAAAUUUUAGUUUAUAUUUGUUGUUUAUCUUUGAUUUUUUUUCUUUAUUUUAGUAAUUUGUGGACUGAUUAUGUUAUUCUCUAGCUCGAUUCUGCAACAAAAAAUAAUAAUAUAAGAAGUCUAUAUCUUUGCCAAAAAAGUAAUAUUUGAAGUCAACAUCUUUGCCAAAAAAUAUAACAUUAGAAGUCGAUAUAUGAACUAGGGAUGUUAAAAUGGGCUUGUCCUACCCAUUUACGUCCAAGCCCGUUUAAUUUUCGUGUCCAUAUAAAGUCCAUUUACUUAACAAUAUUAAACGGGCUUCGUCGGGUUUGUCCACUUGUGUCCAUUUAAUAAACGGGUUUUGAUAAAAAUAACUGGACAGCCCAUUAAGUUCAUUUAAUUUUUUUUUCUCUUCAACCUAAUCUAUCGUCGUCGUUCUUCCUCCUUCUUCACCUCCUUGGCUCUUUGCCUCCUUACGAAAGAUCAAACUGCUCCAAAUGAGUUUCUGAUUCGAAUCAUGAAGCUUCUAGGGUUUCGAUUUGUCUUCUAGAGUCGUUGUUCUUCACCUCCUUGCCUCCUUUCAUCUCGUCACGAGAUUCCCGAGAUUCCCGUGUCUUCUACUUCUUCUUCUUCACUCUCUCCAGCUCGUGUUUCCUCGUAUCAUACAAUCAAGGUUUCACGGACAUAUGCAAAGGAGUCUCAAAAAUUGCAACCAAAGCUGAGAUUAAAAGUGAGAUGGACUAUGAUACUGUGCACACAAUGGCGCUUCUUGAAGCUCAACGUGAAUACAUGGACAUGAAUGAUGAAGAUGCUGAAUUUGAUAUAGAUGAAGAAAUGGCAGAAACAGAAACAGAAGCAGAAGCAGAAGUUCAGUGUGAACCACAAGCCACUGCAUCAACACAAGCAGCGAAACCUCAACGUGCCAUUGAAGAUCUCUUUGAUGAAAAUGAAGAUGUUGGAAAGAAAGCAAGUAAUUAUGGAGUGGAGUCUUCAGCAUCAAAAGAUUGAUAUGUUUGCUGGAACAAAAAUCCUGGUAGACGUUCAAGAAGGAAAAGAGUAACUUAUGGACACUUAGUGUGAAGUGUGAACUUUAUUUUUCAAUUAUGUUGUGACUGUGAUUUGUAAACUUUGAAUUUUUAGUUGAAGCAAAACAAUGUAAGGUU